AUGCGCGUGCUGGGCGCGGGCCACAGGACUGACCCCAAGCUGCCCGCCGCCGCCGCGGGCGGAGCCGUGAAGGAGGCGGACAUGGACCCGAGCGGGAGCUGGACCACGCAGACGACCGCGUGCAGCUCCACGUUCGGAACUUUCGAGGACCUGCCCGCGUGGCACUUCGCCGUCGAGGCGGCGCCGAGCCCGCCGCCCGUGGCGCCCGACGGCCCGCUGGAAGGCGCGGCCGCGGGCUCCACCUUCUCCGUCUUCUGCGCGGGCGUCGUGGCGCUCUGCUUCGCUCGAGCUCUGCGAGGGAAUGACGCGGCUGACAGGGUGGCCAAGCUCGGGCUUCGGCUGCACCCGAAUCCCACUGACAACGAGCGUGAGCUUCUGCACUGGCAGGUCCGAGUGUGCAGAGCAGUGAGCAAGCUUGGCCGGCACCUCGAGGACGUCGGCGCGCCUGUCGGGGGCGGCCAGGCGGACACGGAGUACAAGUACGUGGUCUGCGACAGCAACGGUAAGGCCGAGCAGUGGGAAGAGCACAGGAAUCGCCGCGUCGGCAGACGAGCAGGUCGAACCGCGGUCAUCUCGGAGACCUUCAACGCCCGCAGCGACUUCGACGAGUCCGCCUCCAGCACGUGCCCAGACCAGGCAGCGAGAUUCAAGCGCUCCGCGUCCCUAGCGCUGCGCGUUCUGCAGGCCACCAGGACCCCGAAGUUCAAGCGGCCCCUCCUGCCGCUCAGGGAGCACCUCAGGGAGCUGGAGGCUCAGCUCAGCCCCUGCUACAGCGACGUGGCGUCGCCCUCGCCGUCGCCGUCGGAGUCGCCCUCGCCUACGGCUUUUGCUGGCGACAGGCCAACGCCAGCAGCGUUCGCCCACAUCUUCUCGCCGACGACGGGUGCGCUGAAGGCGACCGCUGCCGAGGCGGGCGCUGCACAGCACGCCGCCGCCGCGAAGCCGCAGCGGCCACGCCUCCGCCGCGAGCAGAGCUGCUGCGACGUGGAGCCCGACGCGGACGGCGAGGCCGCCGGGCCCGGCGCGGCCUUCGGCGACCAGUUCGACCUCGCGGGCCAGGGGCCGCUGGGCGAGGGCAGCUUCGGCGUCGUGUGGCAGUGUGUGCGACGCCGGGGCCACGACGGCCAGAGCAUGGCGGCGAAGGUCAUGAAGAAGCAGCGGCUGUCCGAGCAGGACCCGACUACCAGAACAUCAUGGGCCCCGGCGGGGAGGUGGAAGUCCACAUGGGGCUCCGGCACAGCAACGUCGUCUCGAUGUGCUGGUCGGAUUCGCACACUUCGACGAGGAGCACACCAUCACGCUGGUGAUGGAGCAGUGCAGCGGCGGGGACAGACCUUUUUGACGCAGUGGCUGACUAUUCUCGCGUUGGGUGCUGGGGCUUGCCAGAGGAGGACACUGUGUUCGGAGCCAGGCAGAUGCUCUCAGGCAUCAAGUACCUGCACUCCCUCAGGGUGGUCCAUCGCGACCUCAAGUGCGAGAACAUGCUCUUGGCCAAGAGGGGCGUGA